AUAUUCCUGUGCUGUGUAUACGCAUACGCUGGUUGCUCUCUUUUUGUUUUAGGACUCUGUGAUCUAAAUCUCAUUACAUGGGUUACAUCUUCACUCUCAGAAUCUGCUGCUUUUCGGAAGUCCUGCUUAUUGCAUGUACAAUGGAGCCUUGAAAAUCUUAUACAUAUUUUGUAAGUGAUUUUUGCAUUUAAGACUAAUUUUUCUUCUCGGGUUUUCUUCCAAUUUUCCCUGUUUGUUUUUUCAAUUUCUAGUGGGGGAUAUUUGGAGAAUCAAGGUAUUGAUGUACAGGAAAAAUGUAUCCUCUUUAGAUUGUUUAUUAGUGGUUUUCAUUUCAUUUUAAUUAUUAUUUUUUUGAAAAAUAUUCUGGGAAGAAAAAUUAUUUUGCCCUUUGAAGGUGUAUCCUGGCUUCUAAAAGUUCUGGGUUUUCAUUAAGUUCAAUGAAUCUGUAUCUUUUGGAAAGAUUUGCUUAUGCUGGCACUUCGAUGAUCAUCUUUCCUGGAAGAUAUGCUCUGGGUUAAAAAUGGGUACCUUUUAUGUAUUCUUGAAAAAGAAUAAUAUCUGUUCUUUAUUGAAUGUGGAAUACGUUUUUGUUCUAAUGUAUGAUUUAUGGGUUUUGAGUGAUGGUUGAAAGAAAACAAAUCAAAUUGUCACGAUCAGUUGAAUAGAAUGUGUGGAUUGGAGAAAAGAAUAAGUAGGUAGAGCUAAUUUGGGCAACCAUUGAGCUAUGGAUUUCUUCAAACUGAAGAAGUUUAGGAAGGACCGCAAGCCAAAUCAGGAAGUUGUUACUGAGCCAGAGCUGCAUCAGGAAGAGCCUAAAAAAGACACUGGUGAUCUAUUGGGUAAAUCAGUCAAUGCUGAUUCUACCAAUACUGAAAUAGAAGAAGAUGAUGAUGAUUUCAUCACAAACGAGAUAAAGAGAAGGCUGAAAGAGCUGCGGCGAAACAGUUUUAUGGUGUUAAUACCUGAGGAAACGGCUGCAGAGAAUGAGGAUGUACAAGAAGAUGAAGAGGGAGAGACCAGCUCUUGUGAGUGGAGGGACAUUGAAGCAGAAGGCCGACAAUUCUGGUCUUGGUUUGAUGCUGUGUAUGAUAGAUACUGUGACAGGAUCCUGUUUUUUGAUCGCUUGAGUGCUCAGCAGCUGCGAGAACUUGGCUCUCAAACUGUUUCAACGCUGUCUCCAAGAUUGGCAUCCAAAAAGCUUGCUUCUUCACUUGGAUGCCUUUCGCUCAAAAAAUUUGAAGAACCGGAAGAGGAAUCUGAACAAUUGCAGCAGCCUGAAAGGGACCCAUUUCAGGAUCUUGAAACAGCGUAUGUAGCACAAGUGUGCUUGACUUGGGAGGCACUGCACUGCCAAUAUACACAGCUGAACCAUAAAAUAUCAUGCCAACCUGAAAGUUCCACCUGUUACAACCUUAGUGCCCAACAGUUUCAGCAAUUCCAGGUUUUGUUGCAGAGUUUUAUUGAAAAUGAACCUUUUGAGCUUGGUUCAAGGCCAGAAAUCUACACCCGAACAAGAAAUUCUUUACCUAAACUGCUACAAGUUCCAAAGAUCCAAGGUGAUGUAUAUUCUGAAAGGGAAGAGGAGUCGGAUUUUGUGGUACUUGCCCCUGAUCUAAUUAGAAUAAUUGAAAGCUCGAUCUUAAGUUUCCGCCAAUUCAUGAAGAUGAAACAGAAAAAAUCAGGUGGCAUCCGUGAUUUACUUGGAAGUCAGAACCAGAUGGCUACUCCCCUUCAACAGAUUCAGUCGUCUCAUGAGAAGAAAGCAAUGAAACUGAAGGAACAAUGGAAGAGAACAAAAAGCUAUAGAAAGAAGUCAUGGCCUAGUUCACAAGACGACACAGUAAUGUUGCUUGGACUUAUCGAUGCAAAAAUUGUGUCAAGGGUUUUACGAAUGGUGAGGAUAAGCAAAGAGCAAAUGUUUUGGUGCGAAGAGAAGAUGAAGAAAUUAGCUAUAUUUGAUGGUAAACUGCAGAGAGAUCCAUCACCGAUCCUUUUUCCCUGUUAGUUGUGAAAAACCAGGUAAAAAUGUUAUCGGAUAUCCC